GCGAUACCGCCUUCUCAAACGCGAUUGGCCGCAGAGAAGGGUCUGUUGCCAUGGCACCGCUGGGGAAGCCGCUGGAGACUGAGGGGCUGCGCAUCCUUGACGGCUGGUCUAAGACGAUGGCGGUGGAGACUUCGCUGCUCGCCCUGGCUGAGCUCCUCUCUGGCCCUCGUGACGAGGACGAGGAGGAUGACGAGGUGGGGCAGGAUCGGUCUUCAUCUGCGACUAACCUGGGACCUGGAAACAUUGGAGCUCCGAAGACCAUGGAGCCCGCAGCUGCCUCUCAAAUGAAAUCUGCGAAUAGCAAAGAGAUUUGGAGUGCAGAAGAGGUGCUGGAGGGAUCAGAGUAUGAUGAUUCCUGGGACUUCAGAGAACAACCUGAAUAUGAAAUUAUGUUCCAGCAGCAGGUAAGGACCGAGGACAUGUUCCUGGGGAUGAGCAGAAAGGACCCUUCCACAGCCUGCUGUGAGGACAUGCUGAUUAAGAUCCACCUGCCAGAUACAAAGGCUUCGGACAUCACUCUUGAUAUCAAGGAAAAAAUUCUUGAUCUUCGGACCCCCCAGAAGUAUGUAGGGGGAAUAAGGGAAGCUCCUCUUGCACCUGCCACACCCUGUGGACCCCGAUGACGGAAAGGCCUGCUUCGUUCCUGAAAAGAGCAGUCUGGAAGUCACCUUGCACAUGAAGCGGGAGUUUGAUUUCAUCAACUUUGCUUGAAGAGAAUGGGGGAAAGCUCCAUAAAGGGGGUAUUGAUUGAGAGACUUUAAAUCCUAAUUGAGAAUCUUCAGUAAGGCAAUCAAGCAGCAAGGGAGAACGCUUUCCUUCUUCACUUCUGAACAUGCUGACGCUGUGCACAGUGGACCAUCCUUCCUUACCUGGGAGACAAGCAGGAAUCUGGCGCUCUUUCCCAUUCACAACCUGGCUGGGGGCUUUGCAUUGUCUCCCACAGAGUGUAUCUGCUUUCAGUGACAUUUUAUAUUAGCAUUUCUGGGGGGAGGGGGGGUGGAAGCAUGGUUUGUGCCAGUGGGCAGUGUGGGAAACCAGUUGGAUGCAGAUCCCAGAUAUAAUCUGGACAGUUGGGGAAGAAGUGACUUUUCCUGUUUCUUACCAUUUGGUGCCUGUUUUAUGGAUAAUUAAGCUGUUUUCCACACUUGAUGUGUUAGAGAAUAUCUUUUUGAGAAAGUCUGAGCAGAAGCAUUUUCUUGCCAUUUGCAGUCUGCAUUUUUUUUGUUUCAGAUCAUCAAGUAAAGCUGAUGGCAUUCUCCAGGA